AUGGAGGAAAUCAUUCAGGAAGAUGUGAGUAAUGACGGUGAAGCCAUGUGUAGUAUGAGUGAGGAGGAGCAAAAGAUGGAGGAGAUGUUGAAGAUGUUAACAAAGCUAGAGAUAGACUCAGCUUAUACUUGUGAAAAGCUGUUGAACCUGCAUGUUCUCCUAAUGCACCUUUUGGCUUGGGACAAUGAUCUUGAAGGAAUGGGGACACUUGAUUCCUCUGAAGCAUCUUUUGAGAAAGCUUUGACGUUUGAUCUUUUGUGCGGUGUAUUGGAGUCCGAGUUGAAACAGGUGGACGAGGUUUUGGAUGAGCUUGAAGCACAAAUUGUUGACACUUCUUAUAAGUUAUCCACUUGCAAAAACGCUAACUAUAUUGUUAUGGAAGGGAAGUUGGGUGAGUCUGCUGAGUCCUUGAAGCAGUCUAGAGGACAAGUCUCAGAUAUCACUUUGCAACUAGCUCAGCUUCGGAGAACACUUCAUUACAUAAGAAACGGAACAAGUGAGAACGAGGAGUUUUCAGGAAACGGUCAGAGUUUGAGGCAGAAGUAUGCGCUGAGACCAACGGAUUUAAGGCAUAAAAAUGCUCUGAGGAUGUUGGAGAAGUCAUUGUCAAGAGAGCUGGAGCUUGAGAAGAAGUUAAUGGAGUUCCAGCAGAACGAAGAGCAGCUGAAACUGAAGCUACAUUACACGGAGGAGGUGUCUUCUCGGAUGGAAGAAGCAUCAGAGUUUAUAUGGGGACGGUUUCUUGAAGCAGAGAAUUCUUCAGAGGUGCUAAUGGGUAUUUCAAAGGAGCUCGUUGGUCGUCUUCAGGUAAUGCAGUUUAGUCAGAAUGGGUCAGCACAACGAGAAACAGAACUUAAGGCUAAGCUUGAAGAAAGCACUGCAGAGCUCGAAAGGAAAGAUCUUCUUGUGAAAAAUCUUGAGGGGAAAAUUGCAGAAAGUAGAGAGAUUGUUUCAGAAGUAGUCAGUUUAAGGGAACGUGUGAAGUCAUCUGAGGAAAAACUGAAAAGCACCGAGCUUGAGCUGAAAAGUGUCAAUGCCUCUAAACAAGAGAUUCUGGUGCAUCUUGCUGAAAUGGAGAAUGCGAAUGAGUCUAUCAAAGAAAGCCUUUUCGAGGCUGAAACAAGAGCUGAGAGUGGAGAAACCAAGAUUAAAGAGCUAAACGCUGCGAAUCUUGAACUUACCGAGGAGUUAAAUUUUCUCAAAGAUGCUGAUGACAAGAAGACAAAGAAGGUGAAUACGCUCGAGAAGCAAGUCAGGGAAUUAGAAGUUCAGUUACAGAACUCCAAGGUGUCAUCAGAAGCAAGUCAAGAACAGCAGAACAUGUUGUAUUCAGCAAUAUGGGACAUGGAGACAUUGAUCGAAGAUCUCAAGUCUAAAGCCUCAAAAGCUGAGAGUAGGACGGAGACAGUUGAGGAGCAAUGCAUUGUGAUUUCAACGACAAACUCUGUACUUAACAAAGAAGUGACCUCUUUGAGGCAAAGAGCCAAGUCCUUGGAAGCAUCAUUGGAUCUAGCUUUCGAAGAAAAGGAGAAAAAUGCGCAAGAGAUAACUCUGAGGAACAAGCUUUUGAUGGAUAUGGUGAUGCAGUUAUCUAGUGAAAGGGAACGUAUACAACAACAGCUAUAUUCUUUGGCGAAGGAAAAUGAAAAACUGAGAGUGAAUCAAUGCUCAGCAGGAAGUAAAAGCCAAAGAAAUGAACCUAAUGCUGGUGACAAAGAGCUGACUUUUCAUGCAGAUGGUGGCGGAGUAGAGGCAUUUGCUGAAAGUCUGCAGGCAGGAGGGUGA